AUGGACAGCAUCAACGGUGAGAGCAGUAGCACCAGCAAAAACAACAAUCAAAAUACCAAUUAUCAUCGUCGUCGCCAUCAUCAUCAUCAUCAUUUCAAAUCAAGAGAACCAUUACAAGAUCAUCAACACCUCCAGUUCCAUCAUGCUCAAGGACCAUUCUCAUUUCUCAACCCGACAAGAGCGCAUUUCACUUUCCAUCCUCCUGCAUCUAAACGAGGAGUCAAGCUUGUACCGAGAGAGGAGGAGGAGGCGGAUCAUGAAAUCAUCACCUCUGGUGCUGGUGCUGAUGAUGAUGACCACAAUCAUCGCAUCACCAAACCACCACCACCACCACCACUCACCCGAACCCAACCCGCCCAACACGUACGCUUCCUCUGGCGCUCUCGCGAUAACCGCAAGGGCCGCCACGCGCUUCAAAUCACGACUCCCCCGCCAGGAUCCAAGCGAAGAAUCACCGUGCCUCAACAUACAUCCCACCCAUAUCAAAUCCUCCUGGGCAUCAAACGAACUCUAACAUAUUUCCCCAUCUGGGAUAUAUCCUGGCUGGUGGCCAUGGCAUUUACACUCGGAAGUGUGGUGUGGGUCAUAAAUGGGUUUUUCAGUUGGUUGCCCGUGGUGGCGCCAUCGACUGAGUUUCCAGGUGAGAGUAAAUAUGCAGGUGGGAUUAGUGCAUUUAUUGGAGCGAUUGUGUUUUUUGAAGUUGGGUCGGUUUUACUCGUUAUUGAGGCCGUCAAUGCCGAUCAGGUUGGGUGUUUUGGGUGGGCGGUCGAAGAGGUUUUUGAAAGGGAGAAGAAGAAGUUGGAGGAGGAGAAUGAUAAUGAUUCCUCUUCCUUACAUGGUGGCCAUGGACAGAGAUAUCGUCUCACGGCCAGUACUGCUCAUUGUCGACAUCAUCAUCAGAAUAAGCGGAAUUUGGUGGGCAAGCCAUCGCGAAAAUAUCUGGGAUUGACAUCAACAACAUCCACCACCUCUACAACCUCAUCCCCAUCACCAUCACCAUCAUCCUGGCAAUGGCUCCCCACCCUCACAUCCCUUCGCACCCACUACAUCCACGACUUGGGCUUCCUCGCCGGCGCGGCCCAACUCUUCGCCGCGACCGUAUUCGGCAUCUCUGGAAUCACCGCGUUACCUGGAAUCAACGACCACCUCACUCCCCAGUGGCGAUUGAACGCCGCAUAUUGGAUUCCACAGGUCAUUGGUGGAUCCGGGUUUAUUGUGUCGAGUUCGUUGUAUUUGCUCGAGACGCAACGAAAGUGGUAUAUUCCUGCGCCGCGUGUACUGGGUUGGCAUAUUGCGUUUUGGAAUUUGAUUGGGAGUGUGGGAUUUACGUUGUGUGGUGCGUUGGGCAUGGUUUAUGGGAGUUCGGGCGCGCAAUAUCAGGCGGGAUUAGCAACGUUUUGGGGAUCUUGGGCGUUCUUGAUCGGGAGUUACUUACAGCUGUAUGAAAGUCUCGACAAACAUCCUGUGGAGCAGGUUUCAUCAAUGGAGGAAUAUGCUGAAUGA